AGGGGAGUCAGGUGACCGAUGUUUUCCUUUCUGCCAACCUCCCCAACCUUUCUGGCAUUCACGCGGACCAAUCAAGUGAUCCGCUCGUCUUCCUUUCCUUUCCUCCCCCCACCCCGAACGUCUCUUCUUUCACACGGAUGAACUGCGUUAAGAAGGCUGUUGGCUGCUUUUCGCCCUGCAUGCAAUUUACCUUAAAGGAGCAGCCAAUGAGAGGAGAGAGAUUGCCUGCCAAAGUUUAACGCUGCCCCAAAGAUCUCCGGAGGAGGAGUAAACCAAGACUGACCUCUUGGUGGUGAGGAUUAUUGUUCUUCAGAAUGGUUGCAACUAGCAGUUUAAACAUUAAAAACGCUGCAUGUAUCUCUGAAGUGAUACAGCAACGCUUUCAACAUGCAACCUUAACUGAUUUUGACUACUGGGAUUAUGUAGUGCCUGAACCCAACUUUAAUGAGAUGGUGUUUGAGGAGCAAACUUGUCUGAGUCUAGUUAGAAUGCUGGAGAGCUGCCUGUCCAAAUCAAAGCAGACUAAACUGCAUUGUUCAAAGCUUCUAGUCCCUGAAAAACUAACCAGGAGGAUAGCUCAAGAUGUUUUGCGUCUCGCUUCCACCGAGCCUUGUGGCUUAAGGGGAUGUAUUAUUCAUGUAAAUUUAGAAACCGGAAAUGUAUGUAAAAAGCUGGAUAAGAUUGUCUAUGACUCCACUGUUGUACCUACUUUUGAACUGACCCUGGUGUUCAAACAGGACUGUUGUUCAUGGCCUAGUUUCAGGGAUUUCUUCCCUAGAGCUUGCUUUACCUCCAGCAGCAAACGUACUCUGAUCUUGAGUCCUGGUUUUCGGCUAAUUAAGAAAAAAUUGUAUUCCUUGAUGGGAACAGUUGUCGAAGAAUGCUAAAAAAAAUCUGUUUUUAACAGUUUUACUAACUGAGCCUAAAGCCCUUGGAAAUAUGACUUUUUUUUAAAAAAAUGACUGCGACUUUUGCACAACUGUCCUCUCUUUAAGCUGGCAAAACCUCAAUGCAGCAAGUUGGUAUUGGGUAGAAUGAGAAGGAACACAGCUAUUGAUACUUGAAACAUUCCUUGAUCAGCACCAGCAAGUCCAUAAGCCAGCCUGAUUGCUGCUUGUUGCUAGCAGUUGUACUAAAGGUUAACUGUUAACUGUCUGGCAUUCUUGAUCACUUUUUUAAAGCUAAGUUCUCUAGAUGCAGCUGCUGCUUCAAGAAGGAGGUUAAUCCUUAGCCUUCAAAGAACAGCUGGCAGAGUGUUCUUUUGACAUAAAUAUACAUGUUACUAGGAAUAACUAUUCCAGUUGUUACUUGUAGCACCAAAUACAGAGGGGGAGAGCCUUGGAAGGAGGUGGAACUGAAAUGGGGUGGGGACCUAGUGGCUCUCCAGAUGGUGCUGGACUACAACUCCCAUCAUCCCUGACCCCUUGGCCAUGCUGGGUAGGGCUGAUAGGAGUUGGAAUCCAACAACAUCCAGAGAGCUGCAGAUUUCCUCAUCCCCCAACUAAAAGUGGAGGCUUGGGUGGCAAAGCAACAGUAGCUCCACUUUUUAACAACUAGCAUAGUUCUAGUCUUAUGGGAUCUUCCAGAUGGAAGGAGAUAUGGUAAAAUAGUUUGCCCAAAAGUGUUGUGAACGGCUGCACUACAUUUCAAUUGUAUGGACUGAAUAUCUGGAAACAUGGAUAUUCUGCAGAAAUCUUGAAGGUGGCUUUUGGCACUAAAUGUUGCGUUUACGUUGUUCAGUGUUGUAAAAGAAAUAUUGGUCAUGUUCAUGGUUACGCAUGACCUACCUUGCAUCUAUUUCUGGGGGGGGGGAGGAUAUUGCUCUACUACAGGGUUACUGCCCAUUUUUUGUAUGAAAGGAAUAGCUUGCACAACCAUUUUUCUUCGGCGGUGAGUGCUGAUUUUCAGAUGGUCACUUGGUCAACUGAAAAUCAGUUGGUUGGCUUUAUUAUGGUCCUGCAAAUGAAUCAGACUUGAUGGGUUCAGACAACUGCUUCACCACCUGCUUGGAGAAACAUUUUGGGACUCCUUAAAUUUGUUUCUGAAAAGAGAAUUAAUCAGAUGCUCACUAUUGAUUCCCUCUUUGUGGUUAAGCUAAGAGGAAAUCUACAAGGCCAAGUGACAAGAAAGGUCAGUUUCUUGGGGUUAUUUGCCAACUUUGCUCACCCAAGUGUAGUGUAGACAUGGGCCUCCAAAUGUGAGACAUCUUCUGUGAACUGAGGAUCAGAGUCUCAGUAUGGUUUUGGCUACCCUCUUAUCUCUAAUCUUUUUUGUUAACGGGCACUACCAUGCGCUCUCACUUCAGCAGGAGUAGGAAAAUAUAAAUAGACUCUAUGAAUAGCUUCUUCCUCUUGAAAGUGUGAGAAUGGAGAUCACUUUCAGCUUGAUCAUGCCAGAUCUCCAGCAUUCUUCUCUUGCCUACACUUUAACUCUUAAUAAAUUGCCCCUUGUUGGCCAUUUAAGAAACCCUGUAAUCUGGUGGGGAGGAAGGUUUGCCAAUCUCCUAGUCCACAUUGACAAGGCUAGUUUGUGUUAAGCAACGUGGUGUUAAAAGAGUCUCUCUUUUUCAUGCCUCUUGGCUUUAAAAUCUUUAUAUUUUACAGCACUAAGAUUUAAUGCUUUGUCUGUGGUACAGAAGAGUUGUGUUAACAAAUUUUGUCUUCUGGAAGUAUUGAAAUUAGUGGCUUUCUUUUAGUACCUCAUGAGGGACACAAUAAUGGAGAAAUGAGGACACUGAGAAGAGUCUGCUGUAGUGGAAAUAGUAGGAACAGCAUUAUCUGAUGCCACAGGAGUUUUGUUUUUGCAUGUGUGCUAGACUUGUGUUUUGCCCAGUAUGCCAAAAAAAAAGAGAGAAUCCUUACUGUAUCUGCAGUUGACUCUCCUGAUUUCCUUCCAAUAUUGUUAUUGGAGGCAAACUGAGGCAUGGCCUGUUGUUCAGAAAGAUCAAUAGAUUUUAAAUUACAAGACAAAAAAAAGCUCAGUGAACAAAUGAAGGGGCGUUGCAUAGAGAGGAAUGUCAGUGGUGCCCCAUUAAGAUGCAGAAGGCUGAAUUUUAUAUGGCUGAUGUUAAAAUAUAACUUGGCACACUUCUGCAUGCUAAACAUCUGUCUUGUUGCUAUAGGACUAUUGUAAACUGGAGUUGCACUUAAAAUUGCUUUUAACUCUUUGGUGUUUAAUGGUUUUGUUUUUUACCUUUGUAGACUCCUUUACUGUUUGAUAUUGUAAAAUGUUGGUUUUUCCAUUACUUUGUUGUUCCUAUCUUAGCAUUGGUCUUAAAAUGUUGGCUCCUGUUAAAAGAAAGUCUGUCUUAUAAAUAAAGAUAUAUUUUUUAAUUCUGAGACCUUGAGGGGAAUAAAGGUGAUUGGCCUGUC